AUGGCGGGCGGGUGUGACCCUCACCCACAGGGCCUCCACUCCCUCGGGGGUGUCGACCUGAAGAUCUCUGGAACUAUUUGCCACGCGUCCGUGAUGGCCACCACACCAGCGCCAGUGGACCUGACCGUCACCAUUAGUUCCUCGAUCUUGUUGCUAAGGGAGGUCACAUUGGAGAGGACCCUUGUCUCCCUUGGCGGCAGCAACGAGGCUCACACAGCGGUGCGCGGCUCGGUCACGGGCUGCAGCCUUUCGCUGGACGCAAGGCACCAGCUAUUUCUGCAGCAGGCCGGCCCGUCAGCCCACCCAGCAGGCCGACCCGUCAGCCCACCCAGCAGGCCGGCCCGUCAGCCCACCCAGCAGGCCGGCCCGUCAGCCCACCCAGCAGGCCGGCCCGUCAGCCCACCCAGCAGGCCGGCCCGUCAGCCCACCCAGCAGGCCGGCCCGUCAGUCCACCCAGCAGGCCGGCCCGUCAACCCACCCACCAGGCCGGCCCGUCAGCCCACCCAGCAGGCCGGCCCGGCAGCCCCCCCAGCAGGCCGGCCCGUCAGCCCCCCCAGCAGGCCGACCCGUCAGCCCACCCAGCAGGCCGGCCCGUCAGCCCACCCAGCAGGCCGGCCCGUCAGCCCACCCAGCAGGCCGGCCCGUCAACCCACCCACCAGGCCGGCCCGUCAGCCCACCCAGCAGGCCGCAAGACUCGCCGCCACCGUCGGCCACAAAGCUCUCCAACACCCAUCACAAACUUUAACUAG